AUUAUCUUUCGAAGUAUGUAUGUUGGCGCUGCACACACGGCUAACCUACAAAUAAUAUGCUGCAUACGAGCAUACUUAAACAGUACUUCAGGACUAUGUCAAGUACGUAAAAUAAACAAACGUAUAAUCCGAUCGAUCGCAUUCCGCUUAGCGUUAGUGCAACUUGCUGUGAGUGAUGAUAAAGUAAGGAACAUAACACGAGCGAUAGAUUAUAUCGAACGUGCUAAGAAAAAUCGAGCGGACAUCGUCGUAUUACCAGAAUGUUUCAAUUCUUCUUACGGAAUAUCUCAUUUCGAAAAGAAUGCAGAAGAAAUUCCAGGAGGUCAAACCAGCAUUGCAUUGUCCGAUGUGGCCAAAAAAAAUAAUAUUUACGUGAUUGGUGGUACAAUUCCAGAAAGAGAGGAUGAUAAAUUAUAUAAUACAUGUACAAUUUGGGCACCAGACGGGAAAAUGAUAGGCAAAUAUAGAAAGAUGCAUCUCUUCGAUAUCGACAUCAAAGGAAAAAUAACAUUCCGCGAAAGUGAUUCUUUGAGUCCAGGAAAUUCUCUAUUUACCUUCGAAAUGAUGGGAUGCAAGAUUGGCAUUGGCAUUUGCUAUGAUAUUCGUUUCGAAGAAAUGGCGAAACUCUAUAGAAAUCAGGGUUGUCAAAUGUUAAUAUAUCCAGCUGCAUUCAAUAUGACCACCGGUCCACUGCAUUGGUCGCUUCUGCAGCGUUCCAGAGCAAAUGACAAUCAAUUAUACGUCGCCUGCGUAUCGCCAGCUCGUGGUUCUCCUCCUGGUUAUAUAGCAUGGGGACAUACACAGCUAACUAAUCCUUGGGGGGAAAUUCUUCAUGAAUUAGAUUCCGCGGAGGACAUGAUCGUCUGUGAUAUAGAUCUCAAAACCGUGGACGAGGUAAGAGCUCAAAUUCCAAUUUUUUAUCAACGACGUACGGAUUUAUACGACACCGUUUGGGUGAAGUAACAAUAUUUUCGAAUAAAUAAUAUUAUUUUCCUUGUAUAAAAAUUGCUAACACUGUUGGGAAUGAACAAAGAUUAAUAUACCUAUACAUAUAAUGUAAGUAUUUUAUAAAAGAUUAUGGAUAAAUAUAAAUUCAGAUUUUCUAAUG